AUGGCUGACAGUGAGAUCAUUGAAUUGGCUGGUCUUGGCCGACCAUUCCAGUUGGGAAUGCUGUACGACUGCCGUAGAGAUGCUCUCAUUCCAGGUAUCACACUGUGGGAUUCAGAGAUGCUGACGAAACACAUAAACACACGUCCACAGCCAAACACUGACUUUAGAAUCAUUACCUCUGAUUCCAGUGAAGACAAGUCAGAAGCUCUGAAUGUUUCUCCCUCACUUGAAGCUAGCUUUCUCAGUGGUCUAGUCACUGUGAAAGGGUCGGCAGAAUAUUUAAGCAAUAAGAAAAAAUCUAAGCACCAGUCUCGAGUCACUCUGCAGUACAAGACCACCACACGGUUUGAGCAACUGACCAUGGACCAUCUUGGGCUUGGGAACAUUAAACACUGUAAUGUGUUUGAGGAGGGCUCUGCCACACAUGUUGUUACUGGCCUUCUAUAUGGUGCCCAGGCCUUUUUUGUUUUUGACCAAGAUGUUUCUUCAAAUGAAAACCAGCAAGAAAUUCAUGGAAACCUGCAUGCAUGCAUCAAAAAGAUUCCUCUUAUAUCAAUUGAAGGUGAGGCAUCUUUGAAAAUGACUGAGAAUGAAAAACAGCAGAGUAACAAAUUCAGCUGCACUUUCCAUGGUGAUUUUGCUCUGGACAGCAAUCCGGUCUCAUAUCUUGAUGCCAUCAAGGUGUACUCAGAGCUUCCAAAGCUCUUGGGGGAAAGCGGAGAACAUGCUGUACCCAGACAUGUGUGGCUUUAUCCUUUGAAAAAGUUGGACACAGCAGCAGCUAAACUGGUUAGGGAAAUAAGCGUCGGUCUGGUCCGUCAUGCCCGCCGUAUCAUUGAUGACCUGGAUGAUGCUGUUACGCAGUGCCAGGACUUGAUGAACAUUGAUAUGGCCAUUCAGUUCACUGAAAUCAAGGCCAAGCUCAGAAAAUUCAAAGACUUGUGCUCAGAGUACAAGUUGGUCUUCCAGAAACAGCUCUGUAAGCUUCUUCCAUCUAUAAGAGGGGGAGGAACAGAAGAGCAAGAGCUUGUGACAUUGCUGAGCAGUGUGGAAAGGUCCCCCUUCCAGAGUGCUCUCAUGUCUACUUAUCUAAAUGACAGAGAAAAAGAGAUGAAUGUCCUCAGAUCAUACCUGGACAAGAUGAAAAACAUCCCUGUGUUUUCCUCCAGCAAUGACUUGAUCAAAGAAACACUUAACUCAGCUAAUGACUAUGUGGUGAUCUUUGCAUUCUCAUCCAUAGUGCAGGAGGAUGUGUACCUUUCUGAUGUGGAGAAAUAUCUAAAAGACUUAGCAGUGAACACCAACAAACAGAUCUGCUUUGAGCCCAGUUCUACAAAGGAAGCACAGUGGUUCUGUGGUGAUAUGGUAUCACUCACCAGCCAAAAUGUACAGUUAUUCUCAGACUUCAAAGAGGCCAACAGAAACAGAGAAAAAACUGCAUUCUUCAUUGCAUCCAUCCCAAACAAAAACAUCAUGGGCUCAUCAAUCCAUGUUUACGACAAGGGGCGUCUGCUGAGUGCAGAGUUUGAGCUUCCCUCAAAGCCACCUUCACCGUGCAUUUUAAAUGCUGAACAUGACUGUGUUCUCACAGAAAUCAAGCCUCCAGCCCUUGGCAACAAAAGUGUGGAGUCCUACAUAAUCUCAUACCAGACAGCACAAAGUUCAGAGUGGACUCAUGUGAACACUAGUUCUCCCGAAGUCUCAAUCAAAGAUUUAAAGCCAAAUACAGAAUAUCGCUUUAGCUGCCAGGCUGUGUGCUGCCCAGGGGUCAGUCUUCCUAGUGAGGAGACACAGUUUUUCAAAACUCGUCCGUGUAGCCCUCCUGGACCACCCAAAGAGAAAUGUUUAGAGUCGGCUGCAAUAACCAUAACCUGGGACAUUCCUUCAUUUGUUGGAGAAAAAGCCACUUGA